AUGUUAUCGAUCACUGCAAAAAGUAUCACCAAAACGGAUCCAAUUGUUUGUGUAGAAGUCAACGAUAUUUUUGAUGAUUUGAUGUCUGAAAACAAACGACUCGUCAAUGAGUUGUUGUUUGCAAACAAUUGUUUGAAUUUAUUGAAUGAAUUGAAAAGUUAUUUACAGAUAAUUCACGCGAAAUACAAGACAAUGAUUGCUGAGGAAGACGUCAAACAAUGGCAAACAUUACAACAAUCAGUCGACACAACUGUCGAUGAAUACAAUAGACUGAAAAGUCAAGUAAAUCAAGAGUCAAAUAGUGGUCAGAGAUUGCAGACAUCGGUAAAAACAAGUUUUACGAGUUGUUCAACAGCUGUUCCGCAACCGAUCGCUAAUUCAGAGAUUUUGCGAUUACUUCAGUCAAGUAUACCGACGGCGAACGUCCAAAGAGUUAGACCCUUAGGCCGUCCAGACAAAGAUUGUGACAAACAGUUAAACAACAGAAAUGUUUUAACACAACAAGAAUCGACAGAUCAGUUAUCGCCAGAAAGGUCUCACACGUCUCGCAAGACAUUCAGUGAUAAUUGCGAAUUGACGGCACAUCUGAAGACACACCACGACGACACCAAUUGCGAAAAAUUGACGGAUAGUACAGAUGAUGGCAGCGAUGUUGAUGUUGAUGAUGAUGUUGUUGGUGAUGUUGAUGAUGAUGAUCACCAAUCAAAUGAAAGUUUACUAUUAAUGUUAGAGCAAAACAAUUUCGAUGAUAAACAACAACGAUAUUUGUGUCCAUUUACUGGUUGUGAUCGCAAAUAUGUACACAAAAAGGAUCUCAAAGUUCACUUUCUUCAACACCACUUUAGACCCGAUGAUAGACCCUAUGUUUGUCAGGUAUGCGGACAGUCAUACAAACGAAACUAUUUGCUUGAAAAACAUAUGAUUGUACACGACUUGGACAAACAGAAGACAUACCAGUGCUCUGAACAUGUAUUGACCAAACACUCGACAGUCAAAAAUACUUACAAAUGUGAUAUCGAUGGCUGUAAUGAAAUAUUUGAAAAUUUAGAUAAACGCCGACAUCAUCGACAGUUUGUCCAUAAUAUUAAGUAUUUGGCGAAAACGAGACUAUUAUCGCCUAAACUUAGGGAGUGUCAAUGGCCCGACUGUGACUACAGGUGCUCAAGCAAUGAUAAUAUGGAAAAUCAUAUUCGUAAGCAUACCGGUGAGCGUCCGUUUGUUUGCCAGUGGCCACAGUGUGACAAACGAUACAAAACAAAGUUUAGACUGAGAUAUCAUGAGAAGCGAAGUCAUCAAAAUCUGAAGCCUGAAUCAAAAUUUGUCUGUCAAUGGCCUGGAUGUGAAUACCGUAACUCCAGUAGCUAUAAACUCAACGAACACACCCGUCUGCAUACCGGUGAGCUUCCGUAUGUGUGUCAAUGGCCUGAGUGUGGCAAACGGUUUCGACUUAAACUAGUCUUAACUAAACAUGAAAUUUGUCACAAAAAUUUGAAGCCAUUUGUCUGCCAUUGGCCCGGUUGUGAAUACCGGGGCAAUAGUAGUGGCAAUUAUUAUGCACAUAAAAAAAUACAUCUAAGACAACAAUAAUUUGUAUUAUAACUGCCAGUUAUAUCAAUAAUUAUAUGAUAUAUACUGUAUAUAAAUAAAACAUAGAUUUAAUAUAAUUUAUUGAUACAAAUAUCGG